AUGAUUAACAUUUUUUUCUCUCUCUCUCUCUCGCCAAUCAUUGCUCUGAAUUUUCGUCUUCCAAAUUCAAUUCUUAUUGUUCUUCUCUGCUUCUCUCACUACCUCUUUCACUUUCCCUUUCACCCUCUUUCACUUUCUUUUUCACCCUCUUUCACUUCCCCUUUCACCCUCUUUCACUUUCCCUUUCACCCUCUUUCACUUUCCCUUUCACCCUCUUUCACUUUCCCUUUCACCCUCUUUCACUUUCCCUUUCACCCUCUUGUUUCCUUGUGUCUCCUCACAUUUUCCUCUUCUCUUCUUUUUUUCCUUUCUUGCCCAACUUUUUUUUUUUUUUUUAAGAAAAAAAAAAAAAUGAAACACUCACUAACCCCUUUGCUGCAUUUCCUUAUUUUUCUUCUUCUCUCUCUCUCUUCCAUGAAACGAAGGAAGUUUGACGACUAUCUAUUCAUCUUUAACAUAAAUCUUUUUAUUCUUUUAUUCCUCCUUUUUCCUUAUCCUUUUUUCCUUUUCCCUCUUCCCUUAUCCUUUUUCCUUUUCCCUCUUUCCUUAUCCUUUUUCCUCUUUCCUUAUCCUUUUUCCUCUUUCCUUAUCCUUUUUCCUCUUUCCUUAUCCUUUUUCCUUUUUCCUUAUCCUUUUGACUUUUCCCUUAUCCUUUUUCCUUUUCCCUCUUUCCUUAUCCUUUUUCCUUUUCCUCUUUCCUUAUCCUUUUCCUUUCCCUCUUCCUUAUCCUUUUCCCUUUCCCUCUUUCCUUAUCCUUUUCCUUUUCCCUCUUUCCUUAUCCUUUUCCUUUUCCCUCUUUCCUUAUUCUUUUCUUUUUCCCUUUUCCUUUUUCUUUUCCUUUUCCUUUUCCUUUUCCUCUUUCCUUAUCCUUUUCCUUUUCCCUCUUUCCUUAUCCUUUUCCUUUUCCCUCUUUCUUAUCCUUUUCCUUUUCCCUCUUUCCUUAUCCUUUUCCUUUUCCUCUUUCCUUAUCCUUUUUCCUUUUCCCUCUUUCCUUAUCCUUUUUCCUUUUCCUCUUUCCUUAUCCUUUUUCCUUUUCCCUCUUUCCUUAUCCUUUUUCCUUUUCCCUCUUUCCUUAUCCUUUUUCCUUUCCCUCUUUCCUUAUCCUUUUCCUUUCCCUCUUUCCUUAUCCUUUUCCUUUCCCUCUUUCCUUAUCCUUUUCCUUUUCCCUCUUUCCUUAUCCUUUUCCCUUCCCUCUUUCCUUAUCCUUUUUCCCUUCCCUCUUUCCUUAUCCUUUUUCCCUUCCCUCUUUCCUUAUCCUUUUUCCCUUCCCUCUUUCCUUAUCCUUUUUCCCUUCCCUCUUUCCUUAUCCUUUUCCUUCCCUCUUUCCUUAUCCUUUUCCCCUUCCUCUUUCCCUAUCCUUUUUCUUUUCCCUCUUCCUUUCCCUUUUCCUUCCCUCUUUCCUUAUCCUUUUCCUUUUCCUCUUUCUCCUUUAUCCUUUUCCUUUCCUCUUUCCUUAUCCUUUUUCCUUUUCCCUCUUUCCUUAUCCUUUUUCCUUUUCCCUCUUUCCUUAUCCUUUUUCCUUUUCCCUCUUUCCUUAUCCUUUUUCCUUUUCCCUCUUUCCUUAUCCUUUUUCCUUUUCCCUCUUUCCUUAUCCUUUUUCCUUUUCCCUCUUUCCUUAUCCUUUUUCCCUUCCCUCUUUCCUUAUCCUUUUUCCUCUUUUCCCCUUUUUUCCUUUUCCCCUUUUUUCCUUCUCUUUUCCUUUCCUUAUCCCAUUUCCUCUUUCCUUUCCCUUUCUUUUUCCUUUCCUUUCCCUUCUUUUUUCUUUUUCUUUUUCUUUUUCUUUUUCCUUUUUUCUUUUUUUUUUUUUUUUUUUUUUUUUUUUUUUUUUUUUUCUUUUUUUCUUUUUUCUUUUUUUUCUUUUUCCUUUUUUCUUUCUUUUUUUUCUUUUUUCCUCCUCAAAUAUUCAACAUUCAACUGAUGAAUCUCUCUCUCCUUCUGUCCUCUUCCAUCUCAUUUCACUUAUUUUUUUGUUUUUUCUCCCAUUCUUUUAUACCUUUUCUUUUUCUCCAGUUGCCACCCUCUCUUCUUAAUCUUCUUUUUCACAGAAUUUUUUUGUCCUCUCUCCCCCUCUCGUCCUCACUUCCCUAUCUCCUUUGUCUUUUCCUCUCUCCCUCCUACUUCCACCUCCUCCUCAUCCACUCUCCCCAAUCUCACUCUUCGCUCUCUCUCCUUCCCCCUCUCCCCUCCCCUACCUCACUCGUCUCCUUCCCCCCUCUCCCCUCCACUACCUCGCUCGUCUCCUUCCCCCCUCUCCCCUCCACUACCUCGCUCGUCUCCUUCCCCCCUCUCCCUCCACUACCUCGCCUGUCUCCUUCCCCCCCCCCCUCCACUACCUCGCUCGUCUCCUUCCCCCUCCCCUCCACUACCUCGCCGUCUCCUUCCCUCUCCCCUCCCCUACCUCGCUCGUCUCCUUCCCCCUCUCCCCUUCCCUACCUCACUCGUCUCCUUCCCCCUCUCCCUCACCCUCCUUCCCCCCUCGUCUCCUCCUCCCUCUCCACUACCUCACUCGUCUCCUCCUCCCCUACCUCACUCGCCUUCUCCUCAUCCUCAUUCCAACUCUGUCACUUACCUCACUUGACUCCUCUUUCUCAUCCUCUCUAUCUGUCUUUCAUCUCUUUACUUUUCCUUACAGCCCGCAUCUACAUCCUUCUCAGCCUCUAUUUUAUCUUCCCUAUCUACCUCUACCCCUUUUCCUCUCUACCUUACCUUACUACUCUUACCCUUUCUUUUCUCACUUACAACAAGCACCCCAUCUUUCUCCUCACUUUUUCUAACCUACUUCACAGCCCUCCACCUUAUCCUUCUACCAUACCACUCCUCAGCCUCCCUACACUACUUCACAGUACUCCACCUUGUCCUUUCCACCUACCUCACUUUCCUUUGCUUUAUCCUCACUACUAUACCUCACUGCACUCUUUCUUACUUUCUUCCUCAUUGUCCUCUCUACUUACCUCACGUUCCUCCUCAUCCUUUAUAUAUUACUUCACAGCCCUUUUCUGA